AUGUGAUGUUUAUAGGACUUUGUAUCACUAGAUUACUAGUAACCUCAAUGAUUCCGAAUGGUUCGCUCUACAUGUUUUCUGAAUUGAAAAUUAACGUCAAUCGUAAGCAAAGAAACUGAAAAAUCAUUCCUCUGCGUUGUUGCAGUUUAGGAAUUACAAAACAAUUCUGGCAGUCGGCGCAAUGAAAACAAUCGUUUGAGGUUAAGUUAUAUUUCCUUGAAAUUAAAGUGUCUUAUAAUUACAUUAAGACCAGAAUAUAUAAAAAUGUUUUCGUUACGAGUGGCACUUUUCGCUCUGAGAUUUGCGGAGAGAAGAUCGCUAUGGACCGCUGCACGUUAUUUGCAAAGUGCAAAGCUACUUGGUUAUAACAGUACUUACUAUACGUUGAAUAAUGUCAACCGUCAUUAUGCUAGCCUCCAGCCACAAGAAGAUGUUGAUAAAAACACUGAAAAUAACAAGCAAGUUAUUGGGCGAAUCGAAGGGAAGCUUAAAUUAAUGUUCACCUGUAAAAAAUGCAAAACGAGAUCUGCAAAGAUUAUCUCCAAACUAGCAUACGAAAAGGGUAUAGUGAUAGUGCGCUGUGAUGGGUGCAAGAAUAAUCAUCUUAUUGCAGAUAAUCUUGGAUGGUUCUUUGGUAUUACCAGAAAGACCAAUAUUGAACGGAUAUUGGCAGAGAAAGGUGAACAAGUUCUUAGGAUUCGAAAUGACGAGCACGGUUAUUUUGAAGCCGUUGCUAAGGAGGAAGUAGGAAAUGUCAAAAAAUACUAUGAAAGUGUGUGCAGCCAGAAUUUAAAAAUAGAAGAGGAGUCAAGUUUAAUUGAGAAAGAUGAUAAACAAGUACAAGAAACGACACAUACAAAGAGCGUUGUCGAUGACAGCAAACUGCUUUAAGAGCAAUAAAAGUUACUGAUGCUUAGGACAUUAAUUUUUAGAUGUAAUAACGUGUAAGAAGUAAAUAUAGCUGUAAGAAGUUGUAACAUAAAUUAAAAUAAUGUUAUACCAUUAUAUGAUCUAUGCUCGAAUACUUCACUAAUCUAAAUAAAUAAAACAAAGUAAAACUUU